AUAUACAUAGCAGACAACGACGAAUUAGGCUGUCCUGUACAACAACGGUGAAACAUAAGUCUGUCCAAGUCCGAGCGAUGUCCAGUCUGUCUCAGAGGGAGAAGCUGCUGUACACCAGGUACUUCCACCAGGUGGACAUCGAUGGGAACGGUUACAUCACCCUGGAUGAACUGGAUGCCUUGUGCAAAAAACUCAAGCUAGACUUGACUCGACAACAGAUUGUGGACGUGUUCAUGCGCAUGGACACCGACGACAACUUGAUCAUUACCUUAAAUGAAUUCCUGGCCGCUAUGCCAAAGAUUGAAAGUGAACAACUCUCGUAUGGUGAGAUGAGGUGGGCAUUUGACCACAUGGACACAGAUGGCAGCGGUCUGCUUGACGCUGACGAGCUGAAGGAAGUGCUGAUCACAUGUGGACGUUCAUUGCCGUUAUCGCAAGUGAAGAAUCUCAUUGCCAAAGUUGACGUCGACGGUGACGGGAAAUUAAACUUCGAUGAAUUUGUGACUCUGUUUGGCUAGGACUACGUCCUCCAUGUAACGGGCGCAGGUCUUCGACGUACGUCUACGUUGAGUCUUGGGAGUUACUAAAGCCUUAGGAACUAGGCCCUGGCAAUAUAGGGACUUGCAUGCAUAUGAGGUGAUCACCAAACUCUGAUCGAACCAUACACGAUAUACCAUCAUCAGUAGGUGCAGAUCCAGCUAGUACAGCAUAAAAAGCCAUGCAUAUUUCAGCAGCAAUUGUUCCGGGAUUAAACGAGUGUGCAAACAA